AGUAUGCCAUGAGCAGGUCCCGCUCCGGGAGGAUUGGCGCCGGCGGUUGUUUCAGCAGCGUGGGAGACCUUCCGUUUCGCCGUCAUGUUUAUUCAAUGCCAAACGCACGGAGAAAAUAGUAUGUGAAGGUGUCGUUGUCGGCCCGGAAAUUGUCCAAAAUAUCUGCCUUUCAUCACCUCGCGUGUAGAUUAUUCUUGGCUUUCGCUUUUGGAUGCAGGAAAACUUUUUUGCUCGCUCCUUCGAAUCUGUCUCUUCAAGGUAUAGAGUCAACACGUGGGAGGCAAGGCACCAUGCCACCUCUCCGCGACUUCGCCCACGUAAGUUUCAUUAAAUCAGGACGACAUCAUGGGAAGUAACUGCGGGGUGUAUGUGAUGUGUACGUAACCCACGGCGGGAAUACUUCGCUGAAGAUUCGAACAUGGAUGUCGCAACAUGAUGACAUGCACCGUGCUGCUUUUACUAAUUUGUCUACGCAUCCCUUCGGCUACCUGUACGGAUGAAGACGACGUCGUAAAAUCACCAGCCAACGAACACGACGGUAACGUAACCACAAACAGUUCCUGGCCAUCCCUCGAGGACCUGCCCCAUGCUCCAGUGUUCCAGCCGUCCUCCCUGAUACGUGUUGUUGUGCUUGGCCUGAUCGGCGUUGUUUCGCUAGUGGGGAAUGUGGUCACGCUUUGGUCGAUACGAUGCUCAAGGCGUAGGACACCUUCGACGGUUUACUUUCUUCUGGCCCACCUGGCCGUUGCUGAUUUAAUGGUCACGGCCUGGUGUGUCCUGGCGGAAGCAGUGUGGACGUGGACCGUGCAGUGGCUGGCGGGAGAAGCAGCCUGCAAAAUGGUCAAGUUUCUACAAAUGCAUUCCUUGUACUUGUCCACCUUCAUGCUCGUCGUGAUGGCAUUUGAUCGCCUCAGUGCGGUGAGGUUUCCGAUGCACCGAGCUGGAGCUAGAGGGAAGGUAGUAAAGGCCGUGGCGGCGGUUUGGAUGCUUAGUGCCUUGUUGAGUAUGCCACAGGUGUUCAUAUUUCGUGUUCAGCGGGGCCCCUUCCAGGAGGAGUUCUAUCAGUGCGUCACGUAUGGUUUCUACUCGGCGCAGUGGCAAGAGCAGCUGUACACCACCAUCAGCCUUGUACUCAUGUUUCUGCUUCCGCUUGCAACAUUGGUCACCACUUACCUGUGCACGUUCUACACCAUUUCCGUGCAAAGGAGCUUCUUCGAUCCUGCAAAAUCCGGCGGAUCCUCUUCUGGCCGUUCAGCCAUGGAGGACGCUCGCCGGAAGCUCCUGCACAAGGCCAAAAUGAAGUCCCUCAUGAUCACCGUAGUCAUCGUGCUCGCCUUCAUCAUCUGCUGGACCCCAUAUUACUGCAUGAUGAUCAUCUUCAUCUUCCUUGAUCCGGACGACCAGCUGACGGAAGAACUGCAGGCGGGCAUCUUCUUCUUCGGAAGCUCAACCGCCAUGAUCAACCCCAUCAUCUACGGCGUCUUUCACCUGCGCAGAAAUCGCCGCGGGAGCUCAAAACAGUACAACAGUAGCAUGACCUCGCGUGGCGUGGCGGACUAUCCAUCUACGGUGCACAACAAGAGGACGCUGCGAGCACGGCGCGGGUCACCGGACGGCGUGUCGUCAUCCUCGUGUGUGAACGGUGGAAGGCCGUUGAUUAGGCUUAAGUACUCCGUGGUUAGCAACGGUUGUCUGAGGCAGAAGGAGACUGCGUUGGUUACCGUACAGCCUGAGAGGUGACAUUGCAACUGCUGACUCCGUGGAGCGUUGCGGACCUUGGUUUCUCUGACCUCUACGUUGUGUAAUACCUUUUGAUGAAACUGAAUUGCGAUCGCCUUGUAGGCCUAAGAAUGCAUAGGAGAGACCCCCUAGCGAAACACAGCUCUGCGUAACUUAUGGAAUGAGAAGUUUUUGUGUGUGUGUGUGUGCUUUGAAAUCGAACUCGUGCGCGAAAGGAAGGAUUAAGAGAGGCCAGAAUAGUUAGGUGUGUGGGAUACGAAAUGACUAUGAGCUCAAGAUACUUGGAGAUUGUCACGGUGCCUCAGAAUCACGCAUGCGAUAUCAAACUGUACCCAACAUCACAUUAGCUAACAACUUACGACUACGUCCACACUCUGGAUUAUCUCUUCCUGCUUGCUUUAUUUCGUUGAUUUACCGGCUCAAUAUUGUUUUUUACCGGUUACUCUGUAAAACUGAGGACACAAUUUCAUUUUUUACAGUGCUACCCCGCAUUACAUCUCAUGUGUCUUCCGAAUCAUGCCUAAUUUAUGGUAUUACGAUCUGCGUGUUUUACGCUGUAUUUUCCCGAUUUUUUUUUCUCUCUAUGUGACGUGGAAGUACCACAAAUUUAAUUUAUAAUUUCGAGAGGUAUAUGACGUCACUGCACACGCAAUCUGCCAUCCGUCUGGCAGUACUGCUCCUCCAAGAUAGUCUCCUCACGACAGCUGCUGACGGCCUUCAAACGUGGGGCGGAGAGGGGAGACUCCAAGGGUGCGUGCGGGCUGUUGCUCGUAGGCAUACGCUGCAGCUCGCAGUGACAUUGCCUUUGCUCUCGGAGAAAUUAUGACGUAUGUGCCCGUUCUCUCGAAAAUUCGUGGAAGCGCUUAAUGUUCACUGGCGGUGUUCACGUUUUGCGUGCUGCGUCAUUGAACAGGCCGGGACUAACAUCUCCAAUUUUUUUUAUUUUAUAAGUCAAUCAAUCAAUGAAUUUAGAAUACGAAACAAAAGACAAAUUGCAUUGUGAAAGGGACUGUCGCAUCCGUCCCGGUCGAUUCCGAAACUAUAAGUGCCGUUUUACUCCUUGUUCAUCACCGACAAGAAAGCCGAAAAUCCGAAGCGAAUUUUCAAUUUUUUUGAAUAGCAAGCCGGCACUUUGUCUGGCUAACCUUUCCUUUCUUUUGUCUUCUAUAUAAACAUAUACCUCCCCCCCCCCCCGACGCGAAUUAGUGGAGUAGUCUCUGUGUAAUUUGAUGUAAUUCAUGGCAAGAGCAGAAGACGGGUGUUGAGAGUACGCCGGAAUUUCCUGUAUGAACUCGGACACGGCCAAUCAGGAAGCGGUCAAUCUGCGAUCAACUUGUGGAAUGUCACUUCUGGGGUAACGUCGGACGUGUUCGUACAGCCAGGAGCGUAACACCGCAAGACGCCUAAUUCAACGCGUCAGAGCUCACACUGGCAAACGAAAGUCACCGUCUUCACCGCGAGGACUUUUCAGUUAGUAUAUAUAAGCUGUUUUCGGAAGACAAACAUGGCCAAGUAGACUGUGUCUAUGGAAAGAAGCGAGAGGGUGCAGGUAAGCUGGUAUAGACUGUGUCUACCGCAUCGGUCUCAUACACACGUUUCCGGAUGCGAUAGUCCCUUUAAGCAUAUUGAUGCCAAGGAAGACAGAGACAUGCAAUGGAACUCCAGUAAUAUCUGCUAAUUCCAUUCAUUUUUACGGCAGAAACUAAAAUUUUCCGACCCCGUCUCUCAGAUAUACGCGUACACAUAGAGGUACAUGCGAUUGUGUUCGAGUGUUCUGCCUCCGCCAGCCACACAAUUUUAAUCUGGCCUGUGUGGCCCAGCCGAUGAGCCAACACAACGACACCAUCAUCAUUCAACUACAGAGACGUCGUCGUACGUCAAUUUGUCAGAAGUGUGUCGCCUUUAGUACAACAGGUUUCCUUUUAUUAGUUCACUUUCGCUCGUUAUUACAUGCGUUGGACCCCAAAUACUAUAUCGGCAGUCUCACCCAUCAUGUUCGGGUAUCACGAAUUCACGAAUCGCGAACUUCAUUUCCACAUCUUCUUUUCACAGAAACGCCGAUCUCUAUGACGUGACAUAAAAGGUUGUAUCGAAAUAAAGCAAUAUUAUCUUCUC